GGGCGGGAGGGGUACUGACCCGAGGAGCGGUCCCGCGACUCUGUACUCCCUGCUGCCCAGUCCCGGCCAGGACGCUGCCCGGCUUAGUUGGGGAGCCCCUCGACACCAGGAUGGAGGGUUCAGCUGACUCCUACACCAGCCGCCCAUCUCUGGACUCAGACGUCUCCCUAGAGGAGGACCGGGAAAGUGCCCGACGUGAAGUAGAGAGCCAGGCUCAGCAGCAGCUCGAAAGGGCCAAGCACAAACCUGUGGCAUUUGCGGUGAGGACCAAUGUCAGCUACUGUGGCGUACUGGAUGAGGAGUGCCCCGUCCAGGGCUCUGGAGUCAACUUUGAGGCCAAAGAUUUUCUGCACAUUAAAGAGAAGUACAGCAAUGACUGGUGGAUCGGGCGGCUAGUGAAAGAGGGCGGGGACAUCGCUUUCAUCCCCAGCCCCCAGCGCCUGGAAAGCAUCCGGCUCAAACAGGAGCAGAAGGCCAGGAGAUCCGGGAACCCUUCCAGCCUGAGUGACAUUGGCAACCGACGCUCCCCUCCACCAUCUCUAGCCAAGCAGAAGCAAAAGCAGGCGGAACAUGUUCCCCCAUAUGACGUGGUGCCCUCCAUGCGGCCUGUGGUGUUGGUCGGACCCUCUCUGAAAGGUUAUGAGGUCACAGACAUGAUGCAGAAGGCUCUCUUUGACUUCCUCAAACACAGAUUUGAUGGCAGGAUCUCCAUCACUCGAGUCACAGCCGACCUCUCCCUGGCAAAGCGAUCUGUGCUCAACAAUCCUGGCAAGAGGACCAUCAUUGAGCGCUCCUCUGCCCGCUCUAGCAUCGCGGAAGUGCAGAGUGAGAUCGAGCGCAUAUUUGAGCUGGCCAAAUCCCUGCAGCUAGUAGUGUUGGACGCUGACACCAUCAACCACCCAGCACAGCUGGCCAAGACCUCGCUGGCCCCCAUCAUCGUUUUUGUCAAAGUGUCCUCACCAAAGGUACUCCAGCGUCUCAUUCGCUCCCGGGGGAAGUCACAGAUGAAGCACCUGACCGUACAGAUGAUGGCAUACGAUAAGCUGGUUCAGUGUCCACCGGAGUCAUUUGAUGUGAUUCUGGAUGAGAACCAGCUGGAGGAUGCCUGUGAGCACCUGGCCGAGUACCUGGAGGUUUACUGGCGGGCUACGCACCACCCAGCCCCUGGCCCUGGACUUCUGGGUCCUCCCAGUGUCAUCCCCGGACUUCAGAACCAGCAGCUGCUCGGGGAGCGUGGCGAGGAGCACUCCCCCCUCGAGCGGGACAGCUUGAUGCCCUCCGAUGAGGCCAGCGAGAGCUCCCGCCAAGCCUGGACAGGAUCUUCACAGCGUAGCUCCCGCCACCUGGAGGAGGACUAUGCGGAUGCCUACCAGGACCUGUACCAGCCUCACCGCCAACACACCUCGGGGCUGCCUAGUGCUAACGGGCAUGACCCCCAAGACCGGCUUCUAGCCCAGGACUCGGAGCACAACCACAAUGACCGGAACUGGCAGCGCAACCGGCCUUGGCCCAAGGAUAGCUACUGACAGCCUCCUGCUGCCCUACCCUGGCAGGCACAGGCACAGCUGGCUGGGGGGCCCACUCCAGGCAGGGUGGCGUUAGACUGGCAUUAGGCUGGCAUUAGGCUCAGCCCCCAAAACCCCCUGCUCAGCCCCAGCUUCAGGGCUGCCUGUGGUCCCAAGGUUCUGGGAGAAACAGGGGGCCCCCUCACCUCCUGGGCAGUGACCCCUACUAGGCUCCCAUUCCAGGUACUAGCUGUGUGUUCUGUACCCCUGGCACCUUCCUCUUCUCCUACACAGGAAGCUGCCCACUGGGCAGUGCCCUCAAGCCAGGAUCCCCUUAGCAGGGGCCUUCCCACCAGACUCAGGGAAGGGAUGCCCCAUCAAAGUGACAAAAAGGUGGGGUGUGGGCACCAUGGCAUGAGGAAGAAACAAGGUCCCUGAGCAGGUGCAAGUCCUGACAGUCAAGGGACUGCUUUGGCAUCCGAGGGCCUCCAGUCACCUCACUGCCACAUAUUAGAAAUGAGACAAUCAAAGCCCCCCCGGGGUGGCACACCUAUCCGUCUGCUGGGGUGGGGCAUCCACAUCCAAGACUGGAGCAGCAGGCUGGCCACACUCGGGCCAGAGAGAGCUCACAGCCGAAGCUCUUGGAGGGAAGGGCUCUCCUCACUCUGCCAGGAAGCUUCUUAACAUGUGACGGGACCAGGGGCCAGGAGCAUGGUGAAGCCAAGUGGCAGACGGGAGCUAACCUGGAUGGGGGUUUGGGGAAGGAGGGUGUGUGUAGCAGAGAACUUAUGGGGGCCUCCUUGCCUUUCUCAUUCUUUUGCCCUGCAUCCUGUCAUUUCUGUUCUUGUCCCUCAUACAUCCUGGGAGAACCGGGCUCCAGACUUUGUUCCCUGACUCAUAGCUGCCGCUUGUUAGGUUAGGGUUAGAUGGGGAGAGACAGGGCACAGAGGACCUGUCUCCCUGGCUACUCUCGCCUUAUGGCUCUAGUGUGUGACCUACAGAGCAUGCUCCACAAGCCCCUGCCUCACCUCACUGUCAUCACUAAUAAACAUCAUACACAGUC